CACAAUGGCUAAGCUCGUCGCGGGCUGCGUUCAAGAAAACCUCGCUAGCUUGAUAUGCAGCUAGCUAGCAGCUAGGCUAGCUGCAACGCCAAAUAGCUCCUCAGACCCAUCCUUGGUCAGCAGGAUCACUGGGAAGAGAUAAGCAGUCCCAGAAACUGAUGCCAACUGCUACAAACUUUCCAAACAAAAACCGAGCUCUUCCUCAUUACGCAUUCAACCGAAGUGGGGAGGCCAUUAAAUUGUGGAAUAAUGGAAGAAAAAAUUACUAUUCUACUCAAAUCAACAGCUUCUGUUGUGUUCUUUCCCUCUUUCAUAAAAACAAAAAAAGAGACCUGUGCAUUACUACUGAAUGUUUAUUUUCAUUAAUGAGUGACAAAUGCUCACGUGCACACUCAUGUACACACUGAUAACAUCACACUCGGCCACACAAAGACAAAAGCCCACCAGCAGGGGGGACCUAUUGUGUUCUGGUGUCAGCUCAAUGUGACCUCUGGCCAUGUGGCCAACAAUAACUAAUCUCAGUCGCUGACCAGGCAGCAAACAAAACACUGGCUGAGGCUGUCGCAGCCUCUGGCGGCACUCUACUCUGCACAGCACUAAACCAGCCACAGCAGCAGAACCAUCUGAGAACUCUCCCAGGAGAGAGGGAGCAAGAGAGGCAGAGAGAGAUGAGUCGAGGAUAAGAUCCAUAAUCCAUGCUGCGACUGCUGCAAAUCUGACAUUGGAAGGAAGAUUGGGGUUGCUUAGCUUUUUUUGUGUUAAAUCUAAAAUUGGGAAAGAAGAGAGAGAGAGCAAUAGCGAUAUGGUGUGAGAGAUGAAGAGAGAAAAGAAGAAAAGAAAAGAAAUUAAGCGAGGUAGUUGAAGAUCAUUUUAAAGGUGGUAGGAGACUGUCGGGAAAGGUUGCCAGUGCUUCUAUAUGGGUGUGUGUGUGCGCCAAAUGAGAGAGAAUCCGCCCGUUACCAGGCAGGGCCGGCCCUCAUCUCAGGUGGGAUGCAGUGGGAGCGCCUCAGCCACAGACGUGAGGGUAAGAAAUGACACACAUGCAGGCACACACACACGCUCAAAACAGAGACGGAUGCGGAGUACAAUGACUUGCGAGCCACCCACCGACCUGAGACAACCACAACAAAAGCAACGCACAGCAAACUGCAGCAGCAACAGCUCCACCAGCCCAUCCCUUGACAACCCAUGGCUCCAGCUCCCUGCGUGCGCCAGGCUUGACUCCCUGUUGGUUCCGGCUCGCCAUUUUUUGGCCAGGCGCUUAAUAUUUAACCUAUUCUUCAGCGAAAGGACCCCGGGCUCAACUGCAAUUAAGUACAGCCUAACCCUGGUCCUUUGCUGCCGGUGGUUGCGUGGUGUCCGUCCAGUGCUGGACUAUUAUGCUCCAGCUGGAAGGCGCAAAGUGCAGUUUCCUGUUCUGCCUGGGAAUAUGCAUGCUCAUCUGCUCGGUCAUCUACCUAAGGGUCAUGGCUGGCACAGAUCCCCAGGGUCAGAGUGGGCCCCAGGGCUGCAGGCCAUUCUCUAAGUACUGCCAAGCUUUCAUCCCCAGCACCAAGGGCUCACCAGCAUGGCAACGCCGUGACUGCCAGGUGGAGAGCUAUCUUCUGGGUAUGGGAAGUCGGGGUGGGGACCAGGACUGCUCCCGCCUGGUGAGGGAGCUUCACUUCAUCACCCGCCCGCUGAGCCGGGAGGAGGAAGACUACCCUCUGGCCUUCAUCCUCACUGUCCACAAGGAGCUGGAGCUGUUGGUGCGCCUGCUGCGGGCCAUCUACACGCCGCAGAAUGUCUACUGUGUCCACGUGGAUGCCAAGGCUCCGCGGGAGUACAGGGAAGCCGUGGAAAGCCUUGUGGGCUGCUUCCCCAAUGUGUUCCUGGCCAGCCACAGCGAGAUGGUGACCUACGCCGGCUUCUCACGGCUGCAGGCCGACAUCAACUGCAUGAGGGACCUGGCGGCAUCACCUGUGCCCUGGAGGAAGGUGCUCAACCUGUGCGGCCAGGACUUCCCCGUAAAGAGCAACCUGGAGCUGGUGCGCUACAUGCAGAGCAAGGAGUGGAGGGACAGGAACAUGACCCCGGGCAUCAAGCAGCCUGCGGCUAUGAGGCACCGGACUCAGCUGCAGUACAGGGAGGUCAGGGGCUCCCACGUGGCCCCCAAGCGCGGAGGCCCAAAGAAAGGUGCUCCGCCCCACAGGCUUCAGAUUUACUUUGGUACAGCCUACUACGCACUAACCAGGACCUUUGUGGAGUUUGUACUGAGGAGUCACGUGUCCAGAGACCUGCUAGAGUGGUCCAAAGACGCAUUCAGCCCAGAUGAGCACUACUGGGUGACGCUCAAUCACAUUAAAGAAGCGCCAGGGAGUCAUGUAGGAGGCGGCUGGGGUGGCGAGAUCCGGACAAUCAAAUGGAGGGACCAAGAGGGGACUGUACACAAUGGAUGCAAAGGCCGCUAUGUUAGGGACAUCUGCAUCUAUGGUCUGGAGGAUUUGCAGUGGAUCAUCGACAGAAACAGCAUGUUUGCCAACAAGUUCGAGAGCAAGGCCUUCCCAGAAGCUUUGGACUGCCUGGAGCAGUGGCACAGAGACAAGGUCCUGCAGCAAGCCAUGGUUCCCAUCCAGUCAUGGUGGCAACUUGCCACGCAAGGCAAUGCCACCUCUCUUUUCAAUGCCACGGUAGGACUUUGACGAGGCUGUGAGGUUCUUCCUGACCAAAAUGGAUGUAGUUCUCCAAUACUUGUUGGUUAUUGUAUCACUUCAGAGGGCUGUACUAAAGUGUGCUGCAAGUGCCUUGAUGCAUUUCUGUUGGUGCGUUUAGUUCAAAUCUCAAGAAAGUCACUGCAUGGACACGCAAUCAAAAGCUAAAUGACAAUUAUCUAACAUUCUUCUCCAUUCGUAGGAAACUGUUUGCGAGGUGAGCAGGGAAGACUUGUUAUUGACAUAUCUCAGUUGUCCUGAAAUGCUUUGUGGUAAAUUUAGGCUCUGUGUAUCAUUAAGAGGCACAGUGGCUGAGAGGAUGACGCAACCAUAAUCACUAAGGAAUUCACAAGUCUCCCCCCACGUCAAACAAGGACCUUUACUGACCUGUGGUGCACUUUGACAACAGAACCGCAUAGGCCACUGUACCAAAGACAUUUGUCAACCUUUACAGGCAGAAACAGACAGCUCUGUAGACAUUGUUGCUUAGAUGUGUUGUAACAACUGGCCACUGUACCUAAGGAAUUCGGCAAACCUUUACAAGGGAGAGCAACACACAGCUCUCUGGACAUGGCUGCUUAGAUGUGUGGUAACUUGAAUAUUGCCAUUUCAAAUUAUUUUUACACUCAAUUACAUGUUAAGAAUAAUCCAUUUAAAAGUAAACUAUUAAUACUGUGCGAUUGCCUAUUGCAAAUAAAGUAGCACUCAUUUUAUGACAGCUUUACAUAUGUUUGUCUGUGAUUGUUAUGUUGUAAAUGUGAACAUUUUAAGGUAACUUCAGAUAACUGACGUUUUUCUUGUACUGUACCCAAUGAUUUAUGAAAACUUGCUUGACGGGUCAAUGUCCUCAUUGUGGUUUCACAGUCUUGUUUAAUAUAUUAUGUACACACUUAAUUAGAAUACUUAUGAAAUACAAAUUGUUAUAUUUGGUAACAUAUGCUUGUUUUCCCUUAUACUCCAAUCCCAUUCGAAGAGGGUGAAAAUUAAAAACACUGACAAAAGCUCUGACGAAGGCCUUGAGGCUGAUACGUAAAGCUUAAUAAAAAGCAGUAAAAAGGUGUGAUUGUUAAAAGGUAAAAAUGUUGCGUGUGCUAAUCUUGACCAGUUAACAUUGUUUCCUAUUUGUUUUGCAAAUAAUACAAAAAUAGGUUACUCAUUAUUUAAAGUUACAUAAAAUGUCCCACUGUUCUUUGAUAAUUUCAACUACUGCUAAACGAUACCCUCUGAGCUUAGUACUGGCAAAGUACAACCGUAUAAUAGGGCAAAUAGGCCUAAACAUUUGCACUGACAUUAAAUAUUGUUACAUUGUGUAUGUUGUCAAUUUAAGAGAACAGGGUCCAAUAAAUGUGAAUUAGGGCAGGCAGUUAAGGUGUUCAACUGCCACUUUGACAUCAAACCAUAUUUCAAUUGACUUCAAAAAAUGUAACAUUAAGGGCUUGAAAGUGGAAAUCGUACAGCAUGCACAUUUUUCCCAAAACAUAUUUGUUGUUUGUUCACUGUAAAGGAAGUUUAGCUAUUCACUGAAAUUCCCAAAUGCUUUGAAUAUAUUAAACAUUUGUUAUAAAUUCA